AUGGCCGCACAAAAGACGUUGACACCAGUUCAUUUCUUUUCACAUGGCUCGACAAUGAUGCUAGGAGAAGAAUGUGAGUCGGCGACAUACUGGAAGAAAUGCGGAGACGAGGCUAUAGCACACGGCAUCAAAGGUGUUAUAAUGAUGGGCGCCCAUUGGGACUGUUUAGGGGACAAAAUUCAAGUCGCAACAAAUCCGAAACCCAACAAAAGCCCCGUGGCAUAUGUCCAUCCCUCAAAGUACGCCAACUAUAAACUCAACCCUGACAUCCCCACUGCAAAUCGUUGCGUGGAAAUGCUCAAAGCAGAAGGCUUCAACGCCGAAGCCAACCCCAAUUUUGACUGGAUCCACGAUACGUAUCUCAUACUCAUCAGAAUGUUCCCAGGCGGCUGUCCCCCGACGACCCUCGUAUCAAUGAACGCUCGAUUCGACCCCCACUACCACAUGAAGGUUGGUUCCACACUCCGAGCUCUGCGUAAGGAAAACUACCUGGUCAUUGGCUCCGGCGGCGCUGUACAUAACUUAUACAGAAACGUCUGGGGUCCCAUGUUACAGCACCGAGACAACUUCGCCCAAGAGAAUCCGCCGGAGGCGUGGGCCAUGGAAUUCAGACAAGCCGUACAAGAUGUUAUUUCGAAUAACAGCGGGCCAAAGUUACGCAGAGGAAUGACUCGAUUGAUGAAGCAUCCUCAAUAUCGGGAUGCACAUGCCACUGAUGAUCAUUUUAUGAGUGCGAUGUUCGUGUCGGGUGCCGCUGGUGAUGUGGAAGAUGAGGGCUACUACGGAGAGUUGAUGGCAGAGGAUUGGGAGUUGACGAACAUGUGCAAUUCACAGUAUACGUUUGGAACUUGGGGCGGUAGCAUGAGGGAGGUAGCAUGA